AUGGUGCGGGCCUACCUGCCGGAAGAGGACUUCAAAGCUAUGUCCUACUGGCAGCAAUGGGACGAGGUAGUGAAGAUGAUCUUCGAGGUCGGGGGCUUGCCGGCUUUACCGGCCACCAUGAUGCACCUCGUUUGGAACUUGCUCCAAAUGGGUUUGUGGUAUGCCACCGCUCGUGCAUUCCCGUCGGCCGACGGAUUCUACUUCGGCUUCCUCCGGAAUGCGCUGAUGGGACACUUCUUGUUCGAGUUCCUAUCUUGGACAGGUACCUACUCAGGGCCGCUGAUGGGAAACAUCAACCCACCCUUUCCCUGGACCCGGAUGCGCUUCAUCCGUGGAACCAUCAAGGAGCCCUUCUUCCAGUGCUUGGGCUAUAAGCGAACCUGGCUGGACGUCUUAGUGUGCUCCGCGGUGGUACCCAUCAUGAUCUUUCUCCUGGUCACCCCGGACGCCGGAGUGUGGGAGGCUCUCUGGCCCGCCUGCGUUUGGACCCUCUUCAUCCUGGACUACUCCUGCUACACAGGCUUUUUCGGUGCCUGGCAUGGGCCUGUCUCCUUGAUCUUUGGAUCAAGGGCCCUCUUCGGCCCUCAGGGCACGAACGCUGGGCUCCAGCUGGUGCUGGUGAUGACCUGGAUCGGCAGUGGUGUCGCCAAGCAUGGGGACUGGUUCGUGGUCAACUUUGCGGCAGAGUGGGUGCUGCCCUACAUCUUUGCAGGAAGCCGCUUCUGGCAGAACCUCAUCUACAAGGAUAUCCCGGGAGGGGACUGCACCCCGACGCGACUGGCAGCCGUCUUGGGCUACGCGGCUGCGAUACUGGAGUGGGCAGGUCCCCUGUUCCUGCUCUUCGCACCUUUCUGUGGAUCAUAUCAGGCCUCCUCAGCUUUGAUAGGGCUGGGACUGAUGGUUCUGAUGCACAUCUACAUCAUCGUGCACCUGCCCUUCAUCGACGUUUUUGCCAUCAACUUGAUCCCCAUCCUUUGGACCAUCUAUUGCUUCUGGAUGACCAGCGUGGGUUUCGAUUAUGCGGACUUGUGGCAAAUGCCCUUGCCUUUGAAACUCUGCUUCCUGGGCUUUGCUCUCCAGACCGUCUAUGGGCAGAUCUACACGGACCAGGUGUGCUACCAGAACUGCUACCGCUUCUGGUCCGGUAACUUCUCCUUCUCCUGGUUCCUGAUGACAGACUCCGCCAUUGAAAAGAUGAAGAGCCGCGUGAUCUCCACCGCAGUCUUCCCGCCUUCGGAAGAUUUGAAAGCCUCUGGCUUGAUGGCCGAGUGGGAGUGCGACUUUUUUGCUUACUUUGCUGUGGGAAUGCUUUGGUCCAUCAUGCCCUCCCAGCGGCUCUUACCGCUCAUGGUACACGAGGUCACCAAGGGCAAGCCCCUCCACGAGCUGAAUGUGAUGCCUGCCUGGGCGGUCGUGAACCAUUGCAUGGGCAGCGCCAGCAACGACGACGGCCGCGUGACCCAGCUCCUUCCGCGACUCCAAGAGGUCGUUAACUUUGAAAGUGGAGAGUGUAUUUGCCUGCGAUGCAAGUCCUGCUCCGGCUUCGGCGGCAAGAUGGCCUACGAGGCGCUUGACCUCUGCAAUGGACAGCUCUUCUCAGGAGUCUGGGAGGUCGCGGAUGCCGUGAAGCUCCGCAAGCCUUCCGACACGCUGGUGGUAACAAGCGUGGUCUCGCAGAAGGGCGGCGUUGCCAAAGUGUUCGCAUCAGACUCCGACUACUUCCACGCUGAUGAUAGUGGUCUCGACAGGGAAAUGCUGCGGAAGCGCGUUGGGUUGGAGUACAAAAUGUUGAGCAUGCUGCCCCGGUUGGUCUUCUUCAUUGUAUGCUUCGGAUUGUUUAUCGCCAUCCAGCAGGUUGAAUACGAUCCCACGAAUUUCUCCGGAAUCCACCUGCGCCUCGGCGACCACUUCCACUUGGACAACGUGUACGGCAUCCGACAGAUUCCAGAGCUCAUCGAGUACUUGGAUACGUUCGUGAUUUCCAAUGCACAGCUCGAUCCUCUCAACAUCUACCACUGGUGUGCAGAGGAUGAUGCACUUCCAACACCUGUUGGCAAGAUCAGGUGUCGGCGAGAUCAAGGUGAGAUACCGGACAAGGCCUUUCUGGAUCACUACAACGUGUACAACCAGCGGAUCCAGGAUGCUCAGAGCGAAGCUUUGCUCAACAUGGUUCAGGAGCUCCGCGAUGCCAUUAUCAACAACGACAACAACAAUUCGAACAGCUCGUCUGGUUCAUCCUGGCGACGCCUGAAGGAGGACGAGAGGGAAGCCAAGGCCGCAAAGUCGCCAAGAGCACCACGACAGCGCCACGCAUCAGCGUCGCUGCGUCCUCCCCAAGUGGCAUCGAGCGAAGCUGCCUCGGCGACCAACGCCCCUUUCACUCUCGCGAACACGUCCGGGAUUGUGGGAUUCGCGUUGAAUGGAGUUUUGCUCAUCGGAGCCCAUCAGCAUCAUGGCCACUCCAUGCCAACGUCAUGGCAUUUCGACGACUGUGGCGGGCAUGUGGACUCAGAUGGGCACUACCACUACCACUUCCCGGCCUCCUGCUAUUUGUCAGCUCAAGGCUUGGCCUCUCCCGGCCGUACAGAUUGGUGGGCGCAGUCUGACCCAAUGGCGUUUUGGCCGACACUGUCGAAGCCCUCGCCAGUCCUCGGCUACGCUCUGGACGGCGUCCCUAUCCACGGCCCGUACGGACGCGAUGGCCGCCUUGUCGACGUGAGCGAGCUGGAUGAAUGCAAUGGCCGGUGGGAGAUGAAUGCAAGCGGCGAGAAGGAGUAUCACUACGUUUGGUCCGUCGCUGAGCCUUUCCUCCCUCAGUGCUUCCGAUUACGACCUGCACAGGUGGCAUUUGAGGAUCCCGGCAAUCCUUGUCGUGUACGGGGAGAGCCUAGCCUAAGCAUGGCCGCGCCCAAAGGGACGUCCAGCAAGGGUGAAUGGCUUCUUCUUUCACACGGAUGCCCAGACCAUCCUUACUUCAACAAUCCAAUGAAGGCUGCUGGCGUUGCGAAAGUCUUGGACAGCGAUCGAGUGACGUCGGUGGGCGCUACGGAGUGCCAUGCAGGUGGCAGCCACAACGCGAGCUAUGCAAGGGGUGGCUCCUUCCACGAUGGCGUUCUGAGAAGCUUGCAGAGUUCCGAUGCCAAUGAUACCGGAGGCGGCGUCCUUGAUGUCUUCAACCCUUGUGCAGCAGUUUUCGACUCUGGCAAUGGAGAAUCAAAUGAUGAUGGUGUCACUGAUGUCUUCAAUCCGUGUGCAGCAGUUUUCGACACCGAAGACAAUAAUGGGGUUCCAGAUCUCUUUGUUCGCUAUCGGCCGUUCUCUAUGACGGCCUCCUCCGUGGGCUUCCCCUUUAUCUGCCAGUCCCGGAACGUCGAGAAGGACUGCGAUUCCCAGUUCGUGGACAGCUACAACGCACAGAAACCCAACCCCGUCUACAAUGAGCCGCUCAACGCGCCGCGCGACUCGAGAAUCCUCCGCUGUCGUGGAGAAGAGUACUCAGCAGAACCACACGUAGGCUUCACCCCAGCGGUGCGAGAUGGCAUUCCCUACUACUGUGUGUUCCUGGAUGACAACAUCUUGACGACAAUUCGAGAGUUUGAGUGGAUCGAUGAUCUCACCCGCGACAUCUUCGUGGCCAGCUUCAUCUACUUCCCCAACGCAGAUGCUGUCUCACUGCUGAGGUUGGACUUUGCUUUCGAGAAUACUGGCCGAAUUGUUGCAGACAGGCGCAUCAACACGCACAGCGUUCUCCAGGAUGCACCGCGCUGGACAACAUACUUAGCCCUCCAGAGCACCUUCCUCGUUCUCAUUUACGCUCGGAUUCUGUUCAUCCUCCUCCGCUGCUGCCGAGUGAAAGCGCAUCGCCGCGUAACCUAUGACUGCUUGCUGACGGUGCUGCUUGGUGCUUUUGGCACCCAGGACCUCCUGUAUCGCCUCGUAGGUGAGGAUACGACCAUGACGGGCCUCAUCUCUUUGGUCAAUCGGAUUCUCAGCGUGGAAGACCCGUCGAGCCAAAGCGCCGUCGCAAUGGUCAUCAAUGACUCGUUCGAGACAUUGAACGUGAUCAAGGAUGCUGUGGCAUACCAGGAGUUGAUGAAGCUGCUGGCUUAUUUCCUGGUGUUCAUGUGCCUCCUCAGACUUAUCCAGUACAUGGAAGUGCAUCCGAAGGUCGACCUCAUCAGCCGCACAGUCAUGGUAGCAGCCGGCGAUAUGUUCCACUUCUGCCUGAUCUUUAUCAUCUUCUUCGCGAUUUUGGCCUGGCUGGCUCACUGGUCCUUCGGCCCAGACAAGAUUGCGUUCUCCACCUUCCGCAUUGCCGCCAACACAUGCUUUCAGAUGUUGAUCGGCGAGUACCCCUUUGAGGAUGAGUGGACAGAAGGCUGGCUGCAGAAGAUUUGGUACAUUCUGUAUACCUUCCUGCUCUUCUUGGUCUCGUUGAACAUUUUGCUGGCCAUCAUUGUUGAGAGCUUUCUCAGGGUCAAGCAGGAGACAGAAGGAAGGCUGGAGGUCAAGAGCUUGGUGUUGGACCUCCUCUCCUUGCCUUUGAAAGCGCUGAUUGGCUUCCAUCACCGAUGGCCGUCGACCCGCGCAUUGUACUUUCAUCUCGAGGCAACCCGCUUGUGGAAAGCUCCGGUAACAGCAAAGGAAUUGGCAAUGUCCACGCAGGCCGUCUUCGGAAACCUGGACAAAGCGGCCGACCUCCUGCGAUACUACCAUUGGCUCUUGGGCAACGUUGUCCUCGAUGAGAAGGGGCGCGAGUAUGAGGACUACAGAGCAUUCGUUUCUGAGUUUGUGGGCAGUGCUCGGGCUUUCUCGUCAAUGAACUUCGACAUGCGAUCUUUCCUCAGGAAGGUGGUCAUCAUCCAGUCUGCCUUCAGACGUCGCAUUGCCAUGAGGAGGGUGGACAAGCUGAGAAGGCAAAGGCAGCAGCAGCUGAAGCGUCAGCAAGUUGCGAUGAAAGAGCUCGCUUCGACGCAGCUGGACUUGCGCAACUCUCCAGGCAACGUCAUUUGGCUGGGUCUCCCACCUCAGUCAGUCGAACAACUGCUGCUGAUGCAGGGCGGCGGCGCAACUGCUUCAGGUGCAGACACGGACACAUGGACAGGUUCAGACAGUCUUAUGAGCGCAGAGGACGAGGGCAGCGGCAGCGGCAUUCCCAAGAGGUCACCGUUUCUGACCGAUAAGACCAUGACACUCAACGUUUGA